CUUGAAGACGCUGGGAUUGCAAGCUGCAGCAGCCACAAGGAACUAAGGCUGUAUGAACAUGCUGAACUAUUUGCAGAUCUCAGUCGUAAAUGGAUUGGAUAAAAUGCAAACUUUAUACUACUUUCAUACUUCUACUUAAUUAUUAUGUAUCAGCAGAGGAUGACGAAAUAAGAUCAAGUUGUAGAACGGCGCCAAAUGACUUAGUUUUUAUCCUUGAUGGUUCCUGGAGUGUGGGGCCAGAAAAUUUUGAAAUUCUAAAAAAAUGGGUUGCUAAUAUAACAAACAACUUUGAUAUAGGCCCGAAAUUUACUCAGGUUGGAGUAGUUCAAUACAGUGACUAUCCUGUUCUUGAGAUCCCUCUGGGAAGAUAUGAUUCAAUCAAUGAUCUUAUCAAGACAAUGCAAUCCAUUCAAUAUUUGGGUGGGAAUACAAGAACUGGUAAUGCUAUACAAUUUUCAAUUGAUAAUCUUUUUGCUAGAUCAUUAAGACCUUUAACUAAGAUUGCAGUUGUUCUUACUGAUGGGAAGUCACAAGAUGAUGUAAAAGAUAUAGCAGAAGAAGCAAGAAGAAAUAAAAUUACUCUUUUUGCCAUUGGUGUUGGCUCAGAAAUUGAAGAAAGUGAACUUCGAGCAAUAGCCAACAAACCAUCCUCUACAUAUGUUUUUUAUGUUGAAGACUACCUAGCAAUAUCAAGAAUAAGAGAAAUUAUGAAGCAAAAACUGUGUGAAGAAUCUGUUUGUCCAACAAGAAUUCCAAUUGCUGCUCGAGAUGAAAAGGGCUUUGACAUACUUUUAGGGUUAGGCAUCAACAAGAAAAAAGCCAAGCGAGUGGAAGGCUCCUCCCCUUACAGCAAAGCUUAUGAAGUAACUUCAAAGAUUGAUCUUACUGAAUUUACAAGGAAUAUAUUCCCAGAGGGCCUUCCUCCUUCUUAUGUGUUUGUUUCCACUCAGAGAUUUAAGGUGAAGAAAAAAUGGGAUCUAUGGAGAAUACUAGCGCUUGAUAAUUCUAUACAAACAGCUGUUACUUUAAAUGGCGAAGAAAAAACAUUAUCGUUUACCACAACCAGUAAAUCAAAUGAUACACAGGUUGUCACUUUUACUACGUUUGGUGUUAAGAAACUAUUUGAUGAGGGUUGGCACCAGAUGCGACUAUUGGUUACAGAAGAUGAUGUAACCUUGUAUGUGGAUGACCAAGAAAUUGAAACAAGGAAACUACUCCCAGUUAUAGGUAUUUUCAUAAGUGGGAAGACUCAGAUUGGAAAGUAUUCUGGAAGAGAGGAAUCUGUUCAGUUUAAUCUACAAAAACUGCGGAUAUAUUGUGAUCCAGAGCAGAAUAAACGUGAAACGGCUUGCGAGAUUCCCGGAAUGAAUGGAGAGUGUUUGAAUGGUCCAAGUGAUUUUGGCUCCACACCUGCUCCCUGUGUUUGUCCUCCUGGGGAAAAGGGACCUCCUGGCCCCAAAGGAGAUCCUGGACUGCCUGGGAAUCCUGGUUCUCCUGGACAACCUGGUCCAGAUGGUAAGCCUGGACUGCGUGGAUUACCGGGUGAUUCAGGUAUACCUGGUACACCAGGAGUGCAGGGACCAAGAGGCUUGCCAGGUUUAAAGGGCAAUUCUGGUCAGAAUGGUGGUAAGGGAGAACGUGGAAUCCCUGGGUUUCCAGGGCUGCAUGGUCAACCAGGAUCAAAGGGUGAGCGAGCACCAAAGGGAGACAGAGGAGUUGCUGGAAUUGAUGGAAAAAAGGGGGCAAAAGGUGAUAAAGGAAAUAGUGGAUCAACUGGAAAACCUGGAAGAUCUGGAGAACCUGGAACUCAUGGAACAGAUGGCUUACAUGGAAAUCCAGGAUCAAAGGGUGAAGAAGGAAAACCCGGUCCUCCUGGGAUGGAAGGUCAUCGGGGAUUACCAGGAAUACCAGGAAUACCUGGAAAUGAUGGUGCUAAUGGAAUAAAGGGUGAAAUGGGAUCUCCUGGUCAACCAGGUCCUCGAGGACCUCCCGGAGUACCUGGAAUAAUGGGUCAAGAAGGAUUAAUGGGCCCACCUGGAGCAGCUGGACCUAAGGGAAAUAAGGGGGACUCUGGAAUACCAGGAAAAGCUGGGUCUGUAGGAAUUAAGGGAGGAAAAGGAGAACCUGGUCUUCAAGGUCAACAAGGAUAUAGAGGUUUGCCAGGACUUCUAGGUGCAAAGGGUGAUAAAGGAAAUGCGGGGGAACGAGGCAGUCAGGGCCAAAAAGGGAAUCAAGGUUCUACAGGAACCCAAGGUCAGAAGGGAGAGCCUGGAAUCACUGGAUUUAAAGGAGAGAAAGGAGAGACUGGGGAUACAGGUCUUCAAGGUUUUAAUGGACAACGAGGAGAACCUGGCAGCCCUGGUUUAAUUGGUGCUCCUGGUCCGCGGGGUGUUGUUGGUGAAAAAGGACCACCUGGGCAGCCUGGACCAGAAGGACGGCCUGGUAGAGAACAGUCUGAAGAAUUUAUAAGACAAGUCUGCAUGGAUGUUUUAAAAGCCCAGUUACCAGCUCUUCUUCGUACUGGAAGAUUAAAUAAUUGUGAUCAUUGUAAGAAUCAAGAGGGGUCUCCUGGUCCCCCAGGGCCUCCUGGUCCAAUGGGUCCUGAAGGUUCAAGAGGUCAAUCUGGACUACCGGGAAGAAAUGGUUUUCCUGGACUUCUAGGUCAUCCAGGUCAGCCUGGUCUGCCUGGAACAAAAGGGUCUCCUGGGAAGCCUGGUAUAAAGGGAAGUAAAGGGGAAGGAGAGCCUGGAAUUCAGGGUCCACCAGGGUUAACAGGACCAGUAGGUCCACCUGGAAUAGGUAAAGAAGGUCGGCCUGGUCAACCUGGAUCCCCUGGUAGAGAAGGAGAACGUGGACCUCCUGGAACACAGGGUUCCCCUGGACAACCAGGAAUUUGUGAUCCAUCUUUAUGUUUCAGUGCGAUUGUGGGAAGGGAUCCAUUUAGGAAAGGACCAACUUAUUAACAAUGCAUUAUAGAAGACACAUGAUAACUAUGUUUGCCUUGUCUAGUCUUUCAUGUCUCAGGAAGAUCACUAAUUGUCGGUUUAUUAGGAACACAAGUACCAUCUUUUAUUUUUGUAAAUUAAAUAUGUUUGCCAUCUAAGAAAAUCUUGUCAUAUAUUGAAUUAAAUGUUCAGGAAGAGAUGGCAUACAGUAUGUUUCCAUCUAUAGUUAUUAUGUAUACUUAAUGUCGCCAUCUGUUUGUUGGUAUUUAUUUAUCUGGAAGGUAUACUGAUUUAAAGAACUGUGAAAUUGUUUCACAUCAAACUAUGUUAUAUUGUCUAUGUAAUUAUCAUGUAAGAACAAAAAUACAUGUUGGUCUCUAAGUUUAGCUAAACAUAGGACAACAAAUAAAAUACACUGUUACAAUGAUGCUACAAAGCUUUAUUAGAGAACAUCGUCUAGCACAAAAGUUCUGUCUUUAAUUGUGUUUUACAAAAUUGCUUUUAUAUCUGGAAAACUAUAUAUUGAAUAUUACAUCAUAUUUUGUGCCAGAAUAAAGACCGUAAGACAUUUUUCAACUGA